UGCAAUUGGCCAUUUGAAACGCAACGACCUGCCUUAUAAAUAUACGCCUCUGCCUCAGUUUCCUCUCUUCACAAACAAUCCCCACAACACAAAACCAAUCCAGACACCACCACAAAAAGGAAAAUAUAAACAAUUAUCCUAUAGUCAAAUGGGCGAGCAAAAAGAAGCCCCCAAGAAUGACGGUGCGAAGAAAGAUGACGGAGUUGUCACCGUUGUUUUGAAGAUGGAGUUGCAUUGUGAAGGCUGCGCUAAGAAAGUCAGACGUGCGGUGAGACAUUACGAAGGCGUUCAGUCGGUGAAGACAGGUUGUGAUGCUAAUAAAGUUACGGUGGUCGGCAAAGUGAACCCUGUGAAAAUGAAGGAGAGAUUGGAAGAAAAAAUGAAAAAGAAAGUGGGGCUAAUUUAUCCUCAGCUGAAGAAAGACCUGGCUGCCGGUGGCAGAGAUAAGAAACCGUCGGAAAAGAAACCACCGAAAGAGCAAAAAGAAGCCCCCAAGAAUGACGGUGCGAAGAAAGAUGAGGGAGUUGUCACCGUCGUUUUGGAGAUGGAUUGUGAAGGCUGCGCUGAGAAACUCAAAGAUGCGGUGAAAGGUUACCAAGGCGUUCAGUCGGUGAAGACAGGUUGUGAUGCUAAUAAAGUUACGGUGGUCGGCAAAGUGAACCCUGUGAAAAUGAAGGAGAGAUUGGAAGAAAAAAUGAAAAAGAAAGUGGGGCUAAUUUAUCCUCAGCUGAAGAAAGACCUGGCUGCCGGUGGCAGAGAUAAGAAACCGUCGGAAAAGAAACCACCGAAAGAGCAAAAAGAAGCCCCCAAGAAUGACGGUGCGAAGAAAGAUGAGGGAGUUGUCACCGUCGUUUUGGAGAUGGAUUGUGAAGGCUGCGCUGAGAAACUCAAAGAUGCGGUGAAAGGUUACCAAGGCGUUCAGUCGGUGAAGACAGGUUGUGAUGCUAAUAAAGUUACGGUGGUCGGUAAAGUGAACCCUGUGAAAAUGGAGGAGAGAUUGGAAGAAAAAAUGAAAAAGAAAGUGGGGCUAAUUUAUCCUCAGCCGAAGAAAGACCUGGCUGCCGGUGGCAGAGAUAAGAAACCGUCGGAAAAGAAACCACCGAAAGAGCAAAAAGAAGCCCCCAAGAAUGACGGUGCGAAGAAAGAUAACUUCGUUUUGAAGAUGGAAUUGCAUUGUGAAGGCUGCCCUAAGGAAGUCCAGGUUAAGGUGAAAUUUUGCGUUCAGUCGUUGAAGACAGAUUGUGAUGCUAAUAAAGUUACGGUGGUCGGCAAAGUGGACCCUGUGAAAAUGAAGGAGAGAUUGGAAGAAAAAAACGAAAAAGAAAGUGUUUCUCCUCGGCAUCUCACUACUAGUUUCUCACUUCGCAUACCUAUUCUGUUUCAACGCAAGAUGAUAGUUGUUAUUGUCUUCUUAUUGGCUUGCGUUAGCUCUGUCCUUGGGCUCUUCUACCCAUCUCAGGAAAAAGAAGCCCCCAAGAAUGACGAUGCGAAGAAAGAUGACGGAGUUGUCACCGUCGUUUUGAAGAUGGAGUUGCGCUGUGAAAGGUGCGCUAAGGAAGUCAAAGAUGCGGUGAAAGGUUACAAAGGCGUUCAGUUGGUGAAGACAGAUUGUGAUGCUAACAAAGUUACGGUGGUCGGCGAAGUGGACCCUGCGAAUAUAAAGGAGAUAUUGGAAGAAAAAACGAAAAAGGAAGUGGAGCUAAUUUCUCCUAAGCCGAAGAAAGAUGACGGAGUUGUCACCGUCGUUUUGGAGAUGCAUUGUGAAGGCUGCGCUAUGAUAGUCAAACGUGCGGUGAGAUCUUACAAAGACGUUCAGCCGGUGAAUACAGAUUGUGAUGCUAAUAAAGUAACAGUGGUCGGCAAAGUGGACCCUGUGGAAUUGAAGAAGAGAUUGCAAAAAGAAACGAAAAAGAAAGUGGAGCUAAUUUCUACUCAGCCGAAGAAAGACGCGGCCACCGGUGGCGGAGAUAAGAACCCGGAGGAGAAAAAACCGGAGAAAAAGAAGGCCGAGGAAAAGAAACCACCGAAAGAGAGAACCGACGUUUUGAAGAUCAGGUUGCAUCCUGAUGAUUGCAUCUGGGGAAUCAUGGACAUUAUCAGAAAGUUUGACGGAGUCGAUAAGGUAACGGCGGACCGUGGCAAAAAUCUUGUCACGGUGAAGGGAACUGUGGAUAUAAAGCAAGUGCGUGAUCUGAAAGAUAAAUUAAAAGGGAACGUUGAGAUUGUUCCCGCCAAAGGCGGAGGAAAGAAGAAAGAUAAAAAGGCAGCUGACAAGGCGAAGAAAAGAAGGACAAGGAAGCUCCUGCUGCACGGCCUGUGGCGGGUGGCGGUGGCGGUGGCGGUGGUGGUGGCCCACUUCCUAUGAUAUUCUCGCCAUUCUCCAGUUAUUUUACUAAAUUCCAUGAAGUGAAAGGACGAAAAAGAAUUAUUUUGUAUAAGAUUUUUUAUUCCCCUUUU